UGUGGCGGCCGUACAGGUUCUUGGAGCCGAGAAAGGCUGUAGGGAUUUCUGGGGGCAAACUGAGGCCGAGUUUGAGCCAAACUGAGACCCCGAGAGGCGGGACGGCGAGACUGGGAAUGGACCUCGGCGCAGGGCCGUAAUGCGUGCGGGGUGGGAAAGCCAAGCAGAGAGGACCUGCAGUUAGCUCGCGCUCCUCCGCCUAAGAUGAGCUCCAGGGGCAAGAAACGCGUGGUGCUGCCCACGCGCCCGGCUCCUCCCACAGUGGAGCAGAUCCUGGAGGACGUGCGAGAGGCGCCCGCCCACGAUCCUGUUUUUACCGCCCUGGCCCCGGAAGACCCCCCAGAUCCAUCCCUAAGAGCCGAGGACCUUGAAGCCCAGCAUGAGCAGAUCUACCAACAGAGCCGGGCCUAUGUGGCCAUGAAUGAGCGGCUGCAGCAGGCAAAGGACACACUGAGGCAGAAGUUCGAGAACCUUCGGCAGGCCGGUCAGAGGCUAGAGCAGGAUGUCAGCCAGGUGACCUCAGCCACCUCCUAGAGCCAAGGACACCUGAAGCCCUCCAUCCAGGGCAGGCACCCUGGCUGGCUGUCUACCAGAGGCUCUGGAUCAACAUCUGCUGCCCAGCAUUGUACUGAGGGGUCCUUGUGACCCUCUUGGAAGGCUUUGGGUCUUGGUUUCCUCUUCCAUCCAUGGUGGCCUCUAAUUUGUGGUGGGACUUAGGGAUGUGGCCACCUCCUUAUUCAUGGGGGUACUGGCCUGGAUUGCAUCAAAGACUUGGCUGGAUGUUGGGGCCCAGAGCCAGCCUGCCUUAGGGUGACCAGCCCUCCACCGCUGUGCUCUGGUCCUGGUUAGCUAGGGUCUCCAUCCCCAACAUCCAUAGCAGGCCAGAACCAGUAUGUCCGGUGUCACCUUGGUUGACUACCCUCUUCCUAGAGCCAAGGCUGGUCCUGCAGGGUCCUGUGGCCUUCUCUGCUUUCUGGUCCCAGAGGAACUCGGCAAGCAGGGUUUGGUUCUGGGGAGUUCAGAGGCACAGGAGGAACCCAAAGGCAGAGGGUAACAUUUGCAGGGAUCUCUGCAGGUUCCCAUGUCAUGCAAGCUCAGCUGGGUACCCACAGGACUCUGGUGUGGUGGACCUGGGGUUCAGUUGGCCUUGCUGAAGACCCACCACUCCUGAGUGGACAGGCUUCAUUUCUGGAACAUCAGAGAGUUGAUUCUGGAGCUUACACCUCCCCUGAGCUGGACUCACUGGGGCCCAAGUCCACGCCAGCCCUUCAUGCCCUUGGCCAUCCUGGUGCCUUCUCAUGCCCCAAGCUGGCCUGCACUGUGUCAGAAACGGCCUUGGCUUGUGGCCAACUUAUUCCUGCCAUUCCCCAUUCCUAAUAGUCACAGAGACCUGUUUACUCUGGGUUUCCCAUCCCCAGCUCCACAGUUGGUCAGUGGCUGUUGUCUGAGAGCAAAUGGCCAAGUAUGGCUUGGCUGACCCUGAAUUGACCUUGGCUCUAGCAUGUGAAGACCUGUGCAGUGUCCAGUCUGUGGAGAGCUCGGGUCCAUGCUCCAGUGCCUUGUGGGUUUGGACUGUAGCUGCAGUAGAAGGUUCUGGAAUGGCCUCCCCCCUCCAGAGCCCAUGUUGAAGAUUAAAGCCUUGGGCAGUCACAGAGCAA